AAUAGAGAGGUUACGAAUGGAUCAGUUCGCAACACGAUGUUGUUUGUUGUUGGGCGCGAAUGUAAUGUGGUAAAACUUUAUUUUUGACGGUAAUGGGAAAUCGCGACGGUAAAUGCACAUAUUGCCUCUGGGAGUUCUACUUCUGGCUCUGUAGAUUCUGGGGAAUUAUAACAUGUAUUGUUCUAUGGGGAAUAGGUGUAGAGGAAGCCUUCUAUGGUCGAUAUGUUGGAUUCAUUCUUUUAGCUGAAGCUGUGAUUGUAACUUUUCUAGAGGUUGUGUUUUUCGUUGAUUUUUGUGUGAAAAUAUUAAAAAGUGGUGAUGAUGAAGAAGAAUCUGCUUCCUGUUGUCUUAAAAUGUGGGCGUGUGUUUUAUGGAUAGACCAUUGGAAGAAAGGAGUGCUUUAUUUGCUUUUAGCUGUGCCAUGUUUUAUAGAGCCUCACGAUGCCUGGUUAGCCAUUAUAUCAGGUGUCAUGCUGAUGAUGAGUGCUAUAUUUUAUAUAAUUAAAACAUUUGGGAGCAUGAAUGAGGAAACUCACCAAAAGCUGCCUCAAGAAACAACAUAUGAUAGGUUUGAUGAUAUCCAGGAAGAUUUGGAGGAUAACAUAUUGAAUCCCAUAGAUGAUGGAGCUAUAGUGUGUGUGGCUGAUCAACAAGAGAUCCUGGAACUUUAAAUAUGUCUACUGUCUACUCUUUGUGCUAGUAUAGUUAAUUACUCUUCACAUUGCAUUCCUUUGCAUGUGUGUUCAGAAAGUGCUUGUUGGUUAUCUCCCUUGUUAGUGCUUGCGUCCAUCAUGUGUGGUUGACAACAUCAUCAUCAUUGUGUGUGUUUUUUGGUGAGAAAGUGUGAUAGUCUUAUACAAUGAAGCUAAGUCAUAAAGAUCACAAUUUUACUUCAGUGCAAGCCAUUCUUUUGGCAACCUUUAAUUUAAUUUAAACAAACAUAAUCUCCACAUAUCUAUAUACGGACCCUAAAAAUAAGUUUGCUACAACUGGACAGAAUUAGUUACAGAAUUAGAUGUAUCUAAGACAAUUCUUUGACACAGAGUAUAAAUGUGACAUCAAUAUAAAAAAUCAGCGUGUCUGUAGUGAGUUGUACACAUUAAUAUCUAGGAGUACGAGUGUUUUUAAUAUCACUAUUUACCACGGGCAUUGAACAAAACCUGAAUAUCGCUGUAUUUAUCUCGGGCAUCGAACAAAACCUGUUGUUUGAUAUUUUAUUCGUUUUAAUAACACAAAUACCAUUUUUAUGCUUUAAUUAUAUGAAUGUUUGGCUGUGUUUUAGAUCAGUACUGUGUAGGAUGAACAUGUGUGUUACAAAUGUAUCUUAAUGUCGAACAAAUAUGAAUCCAAAUCAUGAGAUACUUAAUACAAUUUAUCACCGUAUCAUAGCAACGACUCAUAUCAUUUACAUUCUGAGUAUUCUCCUAGAUCACAUUACAUAUUAAAUGUUUAUCAGGUUAUUUUUCAAAUAAUUUUAAAAUCAAAUUUUAGCAUCUGAAUUUCUGGUUCUGUAGUGAUUUACUUUUCCAUCUAGUCAAAGCAGAUGUAAUAUUUUUUAUUUCAUCACCUGGAAAGACUUGCAAAAAUCCUGAUCUACAUUAAAUUUGCUCCAUCAAUAAAAUCGUGAUUAAUUAUUCAUAGUAUGCCAGCUGUAUUUCAACAUCCUCACGAAGUGUAUUGUAUGAUUACCAGGGUUAAGUCUGUGUUAUUACCAGGGUAAAGCGUGUAAGGAAUCUCUUCCCAGGAUUGAAGUGUUCAUUUUUACUGUCAAUGAGAUUGUGUAUUUUUGUAUUUAAUGUUACAACACUUUUGAUUUUUUUUUUCCAGAUAUGAAAUAGUUUACAAAUCAAAACCUUAAACUACAAUACCGCUACGGUUUUCUGUAAUAUCAACAGUGGUGGUAGUGUUUAUUUCUCAUGUUUACCAAGAUUUUCUGUAAUAUCAACAGUGGUGGUAGUGUUUAUUUCUCAUGUUUACCAAACAGCCAUUGAAACUUCUGUAUCCUAACAACGACUAAUACAUCAAGUGCCCCAAGUUAUCAAAACCAACUUUACCUACAUCUCGGUCAGAAUUGAGUAUAUAAUUAAAUGUAUUUAUAAAACACUUUAUUUUCUAUGAUCUGUGUCCACUGAUAAAGAAUCUCUAACCAUUUUGGAUUUUAAUAUAAAAAUUAUGAAGUUUGUUGUUGUUUAAAACCUAUUUAUUUAUAUAUUUCACUUUUGCCUAGGAUUUGUGUAUAAGUUACUAUUUACUACAGCGCUAAGUUUUUCUGUCAGCAUGUGUUUCUUUAGUGUAACUUGUGCCUAUUAUCAUCAUAUUGAUCUUUGAUCUGUCCAAGAAUAAUGAUCACCAAAUGAGUAAUAUUGUAAUAUUUUUGCUUUUCACAUUAGAAGUGCAGUUUGUAUUGUUGUGCCUUACAAACCAUUACUGGUAGCUUCAGCAACGACCACAAUGUGGGUACCUAAAGGGCCGCUACGUCCCUUGGUAUUCAGGAUAAGUGCCUUGCUGAUGUUCCAUUCAAGGAUCCCUGUCCCAUUGCAGAAAGAACAUUAGAGAAUUCCACUAUUUUUUCAUACAUACAGUAGUCUCCCCUUAAUUUCAUUUUGGAUAUCAUUAGCUGGGCUGGGUCAGGAAACCACUGCGUACAAGGUAACUAUGUUAGAGCAACAGUAUUGUGAUCGGAGGUCUAGGGUUUGAAUUUUGGUCUGGCCCCACUGCUUUUUUAUUCUCCGAAUACUGUUAUUGAUAAAUAUAUUUCAUCUUUAUUAUUUGUUCAUAAAAGUUUACACAAGUAUGGGUUUCUUUUCAAUUUAAGAGAUGAUUUAUUAAAGCAACUGUCAUUCAGGUAGUUUUUCGGCAGUGGUACAGGGAUUAUAUUAUGAUGCUUUCAGUUGUGUAAUUAAAACAGUAAGCUUAAUCAAGAAUAGAAAUGUUCAGCAGUAAUGAACAACGUAUUAGAAUGCCUCUUCAAUACCUGUGAUCGUAUAUAUAGAAAUAUUAAAUUUGGAAAAUGGAAUGUCUUGUGAAUAAAUUUUUUACAAGAA